UGUAACUUUAAUCGAUAUUAAUUGAAAGCGUGAAAGUUAAAAGAAAAAAUUAAUCUUUUGAUGUGAUUUAAAUAAUGUGCUUUAUACCGAAAGUUAUUAUUAUUUAUUAGCAAUCCUCUCUUAUGUUUAUAAUUUCCAACAACAAUUAAUUCACGGCUUUGCCGAACACUGUACAGAACGAUAUUGACGUAUAUUUUAUACGUUUAUAUUUUAUAUAUUUAUUAAAAGGAAAGUGUAAGAAUAAUAUUUGAAAUCAUAAUGCCGUUACCUGCUGCCUUAGUUGCACGUCUUGCAAAACGUGGACUUAUAUCAGGUUCAGAAAAACAUGAUUCUGUAAAAAAAGAAGCAAAAAAGAAGGUGCACGAGGAAGUAAUUGCCGAGGACUAUGACAAUGCGAAGGAUGAAAUUAGUGAAAUUGAUAUUUCUCAAAAAUUUAUGGGUUAUAGUGGCUGUCCUAAUAAAUAUAAUAUUUAUCACGAAUGUACAAAAAGAUGUAAAGAGUUAUGGGGACUUGGUCAUAUUCAACCUUCAGAUAAAUACUUGAAACAUCAAAUGAAAUUAAUUCAGAAAUAUCCUUUACCAGAAACAUGGAAAGCGGUAUAUGACCCAGGAUCAGGCCAACAUUAUUAUUGGGAUUGGUCAUCCGAUUUAGUCGCUUGGUUACCACCUGGUCAUCCUAAAUGUCAAAUAUCUCAACCAGCAUCUCAGUUACGGGAAGAAUUACAUCUUAAAGCAGCCGAUCAAGAUGAUAAUAUGUCAAGUGAUGAAAGUGGAAGUGAACAAGAACCCAUGGAAGUAGAUGAAACUGAACCGAAAAGAGAACGUAAAAUAGAAAAUAGAGGUAAAUAUAAAGGUGCAGACAAUAAAAGACAUCAAAGAUUAGAUAAACCUGAAAACAAAGACAAAAAGGAUCGUACUUUGGAUCCUAUGGAUCCAGCAUCCUACAGUGACAUUCCAAGAGGAAAAUGGUCAGAUGGAUUAGCUAGACAUAAUGAAGCUAAGACAGGUGCAGAUACCACAGCUUCGGGGCCACUUUAUCAAAUGAGACCGUAUCCGAGUCCAGGCGCAGUUCUUAGAUCAAAUAGAGCAAGUAAACCAGAAUCGGAAAAUAAUGGUAAACCUAAAGUAUCGUUUCCUGAAAAACCAGAAUGAAUAAAUAUGAAAUAUUACUGCAGUGUCAAUGCUCAUUUGAUCCUAAUAAAUUAUUUUUUUCUAAAUAUA